AUGUCUUCUGCCGGUGCUGCUCACCAAGGCAUCAAAAGCGAUAGCUGCGAAAGUAUGAAUGGGUCUGCAAUUCCUCCCACGGAUACUCAAUCUUUCGCUGAGCUGUGUGCGCAUAUGCAUGGGAGGUUACAAAGAUUUUUAGCUGAGGAUGUGAAGGACGAGAGACUGAGCAGCGUUCAAGAACAAACUCGCAUUUCAUUGGAUGUCAUUUCCGAAGCAUUACACAAAUAUAAUAUCACUGAGCUUUCUCUUUCCUACAAUGGUGGUAAAGACUGCCUCGUCCUCCUCAUACUAUAUCUCGCCGCCCUGCAUCAAGUACAUAGCAACUCUUCAGACGCUCGCAACGAGCAGCUCUCGAGCUUGCAGAGCGUGUACAUACAGUCACCCAAUCCCUUCAAUGAGGUAGAGUCGUUCGUGGCCUCCUCUGUGGCGAUGUACUUCCUCGCCUUAGCUACAUACGCUGCGCCGAUGAAAAUUGCCUUUACCAACUAUCUUCGUGAAUACCCCAAAGUAAAAGCCAUAUUCGUUGGCACACGAAGGACUGAUCCGCAUGGGGCUGAUCUGACACAUUUCGACCGUACCGACAGCGGGUGGCCGGACUUCAUGCGGAUACACCCAGUCAUUGACUGGCAUUAUGUAGAUAUUUGGACAUUUAUUCGGCAUUUGAAGAUCCCAUACUGUUCUUUAUACGAUCAAGGUUAUACGUCUUUAGGCGGUACUACCGACACGCACCCCAAUCCGGCCUUGCAAAGACGGACUUCGGAUCAGGGUGCGACUUCAGAGACAUUUCGGCCAGCGUAUGAACUCGUAGAGGACCAACAAGAAAGACUUGGGAGGGAUAGAUGA